ACAAGAGAUGAAAAGCACAUCUUCAAGCAAUAACGGAGAAGAAGAUCUCAGAGCCGAACUACAGCGACUGCGUGCACGAGUAAAUGAUCUAGAGGAGGGUAAGGACCGUCUACAAUCAGAGCAGGAGGCGCAAGCUGAAACUCUAAAGGCAAGGCAUGAAGCGGAGCUGGCUGAAAGCCUAGAGAACCAGAGAAAAGAGUUCGAGAAAAAAGUAGAAGAGAUGAAGAAGGAGAUGGAAGAAUUGAAGAAGGAAAAGCAUGUGGAGGGGACAGGAGAUGAACACGAAGAGGAAAAAGCAGGAAACAAACAAGACAGUGCAGUGGAUGAGUCGCACAACACGAGCUUCCUCUCGGCCGCCGAGGAAGCAGUCUCUGGGGCUAGCUGCUCUCCGUCUCCUCGAGAGGUCGUAGGACCAAGUAGUACGGAGGCAGAACAACAAGCACACGCGGACCCAGCUGUUGACGCCGAAAAACCCCUACUGUCUCAUGAACCCGAUGAAAAGACUAAACCAAUUACUAGUGCUCAAGCGUCGCCAACUGAAAGCCACAUUUCCAUGACUUCUUCCGCAGUUCCUAGCAAGUCGUCAAGCCCCAUCGAGAAUACAGCUUCGAUAUUUCUCAACAAAUGCCCCAGUAGAGCAAGUGGCAGUCGAGCAGCAAGUAGAAUCACGACGCCGGUCACACCUACCGCGCCCUCUGCAAUGGAAGGCGCUGUAGCUUCCGGCUCUGCUUCGGAGGGUAUGAUUGAGGACAGGAGCGAGGAAGUAGGGACAGAACCAGCAGAAAAACAGAGUAGUUCUUCUACUACUAGUAGUACAAGUGGAAGCCGGUCUAGCACGGUUUGCAGUGCACUUAUCGAGGACAAAGUACGAGAAGAAAUUGAGGCCAAAUACGCAGAAGAGAUAGCAUCCAUUCGAAUAGAGAACACAAAACUACAGCAAGAGCUUUCUGAGCUCCGAAAACUACAAGAAAAUAGUGCUAGUCUUGCUACAACUCCCGCUAGUGAUACCGGUGUCUCCAGCGAUGGUAAAGGUGGAGAAGGCGGUACUAGUAGUGGUGUUUCUACUGUUUCUGGAAAAAGUAGUAGUGCUAAAGGGGCGGGCAAGAUGAACAAAGGACCACCAGUCCCAGGAAGUGCGGGUUCGACGCCAUCCGCUUCACCACUGCCAUCACCAACAAAGGGUAGCGCACCUUCUCCGCCAGCGUCUAGUGGAAAGGGACCUGCGCCGCCGCCUAUACCAGGCUCUCUAGGAGCGCUUGCAGUGGCAGCUGGAAAAGCAAAGGGUGCAGCACCACCUGUGUCGGGAGGUGGCAAAGGCAAAGGUCCUCCACCGCCUGCGCCUCCAGGAACAGCUGCUCCGCCUGCUGUGGGAAAAAGCGCUAAAGGCGGUCCCGCGCCACCGGUCCCAGGAGCAGGCAAGGGCCCGGCUGCACCUGCACCACCCGGAAAAGGUGCACCUGCAGCUCCCUCCAUGUCAGCUGGUGCAACAAAAGGAGGAAAAGGAGGCAAAGGCAAGGGCAAGAAUCGCGCACCUCCCUUACCUAGGAGUAACGGUUUCGUGAAUAUUCCCUGGACCGUGAUUCCUGAAACCGCACAAGACAUCACAGCACCAAAACUGGAGAGGAUGGUAGGGGAUUUCCUAGGAGGCCUUUACGAUGUCGACGAGAUUGUGGCAACCGCCUCAUUCGCUCUUUGUCGCGAUGAUAGCGUUGUGGUCAUGGAUCCGAGUAAUCUACCUUCAACUUCUAGCAACAACCCGUCUUCAACAGAAGGUCUUGCGAGGACAGAUUCUAGGGCAAGUGAUGGCGAAGAUGGAAACUCAAAUCCUUCUCAAGCACAGCAAUCAUCCUCAUCGACAUCUUCCAGUAGUACCUCCUCAAAACAAGUCUCCGAGCAGGAACAAAUCUCGCUAGCUGAGAAUUCCUCCUCAGCAGAGGAAGCGGCACCCCAAGUUCGUAUCAAGCCAUCGUUGUGGUCGAGGGAACUGGUAAAGAAAGCUGUAAUUCAAGACAGAGUGCUCCAAUUCUUUAAGAAGCAGAGUGCGGCGUCGGCGAACUCCCAGAAGUCCUCACCAGCUAGUGACGAGAACAAGAGUUCCAAGGACAUUGCUGCAGCUGCGGAGGCCAAAAAAUUGUGCUUGAUUGAUGGGAAGAUUAUGGCUGCAAACAUUUUUAAUCGGUCCUCUGAGUCUGGGUUAGUACUAGUAGGCAGUACUACUUGUUCAAAUUCUGACUCUGACUUAGUAUGCAAAAUAAAUUAUAAUAUUGAUAGAGCCAUGACUCCCACUCCUAGUUCAAGAUUGGAUUACGAUUACUUCCUACCUAGAGCAGUGAUCUUCUUCUAACUCUCUGGUCCAGCAUGGUGAAAUCCUGUGGCGCGCUAUUUCCAAGGAGUUUCCAGCGAAGAACAACUUCGAUGUUUGCCGGCAGUUUCGAACCGCUUUUUUGGAUUGCACCCUUACUUCUCCCGACUCCCUCGCCUCAAUACGACCCCUUAUCUCCUGCGUCCAGGAAGCCUUGAACAAAGACCGAGCUCUGAUGGAGCGUCCAAUCGACGAUUUCCAAUACCCACAUCUCCACAGGCUCUGCUUCGAUAUAUGCAGGAUAUCGGGGUACUGAUGAUGACUACAGCGAGCUGUUUUCUUAUAAUUUUGUUUUGUCCACGAUCCGCGCGUGAGCUGAAGCUGCAGAGCUAGUUGCACCUGAUACAACGCUUUUUUUUUCAUUUUAACAAGGAAGGACGAGAGUCGUUUCUUAAAUUCUAAGGCCAAGGAGCUUGUUUUGUCCACCUCAUCUGUAGGCUUAUUGUUUCUUACUGCUCUUUCCUAGUACUGCUGAGCACUCUCGUGUUUGUCAAAACUGACUUCUAUCUAGGUUUUGUACAAGAUCUCUCCUACUUUAACCUCAUUUUGAUCACACAACACAGGUACGACGAGCGCAUUGACGUGAUGGUGUACAAACUGGAAUUCCCACAUUUAGCAAAGGAGCUGAUGGAAUGCAUUGAUAUUGUCACAGCGGGUCUUCAAGUUCUCACGAGGAGUCGAAACGUGAUCCUGCGGAUGUUUAAGCUGAUUCAGGAGUUUGGCAACAAACUAAAUGCAAACUGUCAAGCAGCGACGUGCGAGAAGGGAUUUCGUACCUCUUGGUUUUUGUUACCUUGGCAAGAAAUGCAGUGUCUUAUGUAUUGAAUUUACGUUAAUGUUAAAUGAUGCCAGCUCAAGCUCCUCCAGGAUGACAGCCAACAUCUCCGCACAGGUCUCACAUCCCUUGAGCGCAUUUGCGACGUGAGGAGUUCUACGCUUAAUGCCACGUUCUUGCAUUUCGUGGUCUCCAUGAUGGAGGAGGAAGUCCUUUUCACGGAGCAAGACUGCAAAGCCCUGCGUGAUGCACGUAUGAUUCGAACGUACGCUGUCUAUGACAAGGCUAGAGCAUUGCUGGAGCCUAUGCAGGAACUGCAGGAGCUCGUGAAAACAAGUCGUUUUCGCGCCAAGCGUAUCGAGCGACGUCGCGAAACCAUUGGUGGUAGCAUUGACAAGCGUGACCGAUUCCAUGAAGCUAUUGGCGGCUUUUUGGACAGAGUAGCAGACACAGAAGAACAGUUGCGAUCCCGGUCUAAACAGUUCUUUGCCAGCUACGUGCAAUUUGGGCUGUUCGUAGGAGAUUUGCCCACUAUUUGGCCUCCACCUUGCUUGGAUUCAGAUCCAACAAGGGACUUGUUUGAGAUUUUCGACGUUUUCGCAGAACGUGUGCGAGCAGUGCAGAAAGACUUUGGGUUAGGCGGCAGAGGAAGCAACAAGCGGAGAUCGGUACGCAGUUCGGUGAGAGGGAGAGUUAUGGAGUCGUGUACUUACAUGAAGACGAAUCGAGUUUAAUUGUCAUGAGCUUUCUAUUCCUCGGACGUGACGUGGAGGAACAAGAGCAGGCUAAGCUACUUGCGUGAUGAUCCCUUUAGGGCAAUAUGAGUAACGACUACAACGACCUUAGCAAUUCAUACAUUGGGACCCUCUAAGUCACCUACUGUAAACGGACCGGGCGAGCCUGCUUUUGGUGCGAACCGGCUGUCAGCGCGCGCAUUUGCGGCUUCAGAUUGUCCGUCAGAGGUCAAGAAUGUGCACAUGCUGUGGGAUUACAUUCAAGCCUGUAAUAAGGGAACUUCCGCAGGAGAAAAACCAGCGAUGACCGUGGAAAGAUUCACGUCAAUGUAUUUUUAACGACCUGAUUCUAUUUCUAGUACUAUGCGUGAUGUAGUUCCUUCUAUUCGAAAACUCAAAAUAACCGAGUUACUGACUGAAAUAAGGGAGGCACUAGCUUAUAGCGUCAAGGCUACCUUUCCUUCUCAUCAGUAUCUCGGUUAUAUAUUCUGAUCAGUUACUCGCUUAUUUCAGUUUUUCGAGUACUUCUGCAUUCGGGCUCCUUCUAUUUUCUCUGUUCUGCUCUUUCCACAACAGAUCAAACAAGUCGUCGCCUACCGCAUCAUCUAUCGAUGAGUGCUCCGGAUCCAGCACACCUGAAGAUGCCGCUCCUCUGUUCUGCCCACCAAAGCGAAAAACAGCACCGGCAACAGUAGCAGACAAGGCUUUGCUCGAAUUCAAACUUCGAUGUGCUCAACGAGCAAGUUUGGAGUCUAAUGGAGGAGACGGUGAAGGUGUAGUUGGUAGUGGUACUACGAAGAAUGCAGGAAGUGCAAGUAGUGGUGUCACGAGGACAAUUGACUCCACAAUAACUAGAACAACUGCUCCUGGGCAACAGGCUGCUUCAGGUGGACUAGAUGGAAGUAAGAUACCUUCUCCCGUCGAGUCCUUUGGUAGUAGCCAAGAACUGGGGCAGUUGUCGGAUGUUUCGGCUUGGAGCGAAGACGAUGCUGAUAGUAAGAAAUCGUCUCCGGUAACUACGAACCCCUCACCUACCAACAGUUGCGAUCAAGUCGUGCUAGUGGCUUCUCCAUCGGCCCUUACAUCAAGCACCACAGCUCCGAACCCGGUGGUGAUGUCAUCUACUUCUACUGGUAGUAGUAGUGCAACCACUGGCGUCGUUUCUUCUCAAUUACAGAAGACAGCUUCAUCCUUUUCUGGUCGAAUAGGAGGACAAAGCGGGAGUCCUGAGAAGGUCGUCUCAAGCUCAACUACAUCUUCAAAUACUACCGCAACUGGAGCUCGUUUCGUGCGCUUUGAUGCUGACCGUGUUGUGGAUGAUAGCCUAGAAGAAUUAUCGACAAAACCGGCACGUCCUCCCCGUAGACCUCCGCUGGCACCUGGGACGACUAGUGCCGGAAGUAGAGGUCUUGGGUCAGAGGAAGGACAAGGAGGAGGAGGUCAGGUGGAACAUCACAACAGCUCUUCUUUGGCUGUCGAUUCACAGGAUGCAGAGGCAUCACGUCAGCAAGCGGCUCCUCUAUUCAAGACAGUGCGUCCUGGACGCAAGCCGUCGGUGUUCAACUCGCGUCCACCUCGUAAAUCGCUCAGCGCUUUCGCAGAUCGCGUCACCCAGCGUAGUCGCUUCGUUUCUAACGAAGACGAAGGCAGUUUCGACUGA